CAACCGGGUAACUGAAGAGCCGUUCGGGCGCGGGUAGCGAGAAUACGGAGCCAUGAGGGCCGUGCCCACCUGGGUAGAUAAGGUCCAUGACCGGGAUAAAUUGGAGCAGAGUAUCUAUGACCUUGCAUUUAAGCCUGAUGGAACCCAGCUGAUUGUGGCUGCAGGAAACAGAGUGCUGGUUUAUGACACGUCCGAUGGGACUAUGAUUCAACCUCUAAAGGGGCACAAGGACACGGUCUAUUGUGUGGCAUAUGCAAAAGAUGGUAAACGUUUUGCAUCUGGAUCUGCAGAUAAAAGUGUCAUCAUAUGGACAUCCAAACUGGAAGGAAUUUUAAAAUACACGCACAAUGACUCUAUCCAGUGUGUUUCUUAUAACCCAGUUACCCAUCAGCUGGCUUCAUGCUCCUCCAGUGAUUUUGGUCUUUGGUCUCCAGAGCAGAAAUCUGUUUCCAAACACAAAGUAAGCAGUAAGAUCACCUGUUGCAGCUGGACAAACGAUGGGCAGUACCUUGCUUUGGGGAUGUUCAAUGGUGUAGUGAGCAUACGUAAUAAAAAUGGAGAGGAAAAAGUUAAAAUAGAACGUCCUGGUGGAGCACUGUCCCCCAUAUGGUCUAUCUGUUGGAAUCCAUCCAAAGAUGACCACAAUGACAUUCUGGCUGUGGCAGACUGGGGACAGAAGUUAUCUUUCUACCAGCUGAGCGGUAAACAGGUGGGAAAGGACAGAGUCCUGGGUUUUGACCCGUGUUGCGUCAGCUAUUUCUCCAAGGGGGAAUAUAUCAUUGUCAGCGGCUCUGACAAGCAGGUGUCCCUCUUUACUAAGGAUGGUGUGCGAUUGGGGCCAAUUGGGGAGCAGAACUCCUGGGUGUGGACAUGUAGAGUGAAACCUGAUUCUAAUUAUGUGGUAAUUGGUUGUCAAGAUGGAACUCUUGCCUUCUAUCAGCUGAUCUUCAGUACGGUUCAUGGCCUUUAUAAAGACCGAUAUGCUUACAGGGACAGCAUGACCGAUGUAAUAGUGCAACAUCUCAUCACUGAGCAGAAAGUAAGAAUAAAGUGUCGGGAGCUGGUAAAGAAGAUUGCAAUAUACAAGAACAGACUUGCUAUCCAGAUGCCAGAAAAGAUCCUGAUCUAUGAGCUCUUUUCUGAUGAUGUGAAUGACAUGCACUACCGGGUGAAGGAGAAGAUUGUCAAAAAGUUUGAAUGCAAUUUGCUGGUGGUGUGCUCUCACCAUAUCAUCCUAUGUCAGGAGAAGCGGCUUCAGUGUUUGUCCUUCAAAGGUGUGAAGGAACGAGAAUGGAUGAUGGAAUCUCUGAUUCGCUAUAUCAAAGUCAUUGGGGGUCCUGCAGGGAGGGAGGGUCUCCUGGUGGGACUGAAGAAUGGGCAGAUCCUGAAGAUAUUUGUGGAUAACCCAUUUGCCAUCACGCUGCUCAAGCAGGCAACAUCUGUGCGGUGUUUGGACAUGAGCGCUAGCCGCAACAAGCUGGCUGUGGUAGAUGAGCAUAACACCUGCCUAGUGUAUGAUAUUACAACCAAGGAUCUACUAUUCCAGGAGCCCAAUGCUAACAGCGUGGCAUGGAACACACAGUGUGAGGACAUGCUUUGCUUCUCUGGAGGUGGAUACCUGAACAUCAAAGCCAGUAACUUCCCCGUGCAUCAGCAGAAACUGCAGGGCUUCGUAGUGGGCUACAACGGAUCCAAAAUAUUCUGCCUGCACGUGUACUCAAUGUCUGCUGUAGAAGUACCUCAGUCUGCUCCCAUGUACCAGUACCUGGAAAGGAAGAUGUUCCGAGAAGCCUAUCAGAUUGCCUGUUUAGGGGUCACUGAUUUGGACUGGAAGGAGCUGGCAAUGGAAGCACUGGAAGGACUGGAUUUUGAGACAGCAAAGAAGGCCUUUAUACGUGUGCGAGAUCUACGCUACCUGGAGCUGAUCAACAGCAUAGAGGAGAGAAAAAAACGAGGAGAUGCCAAUGACAACCUUUUCCUGGCAGAUGUGUUUGCCUAUCAGGGCAAGUUUCACGAGGCAGCCAAACUCUACAAGAAAGCGGGACAAGAGAGUAGGGCACUGGAUAUGUACACAGACCUUCGCAUGUUUGAGUUUGCAAAGGAAUUCCUAGGAUCAGGAGACCCAAAAGACACAAAAACCCUGAUUACAAAACAAGCAGACUGGGCCCGAAACAUCCGGGAACCACGAACAGCAGCUGAAAUGUACCUGUCGGCAGGGGAGAACAUGAAAGCAAUUGAACUGAGUGGAGACCAUGGCUGGGUGGAUAUGCUGAUUGAGAUAGCAAGGAAGCUGGACAAGGCUGAGAGGGAGCCUCUGCUGAAGUGUGCAUACUACUUUAAGAAGCUGCAGCAUCAUGGUUAUGCAGCCGAAACCUACAUGAAGAUUGGAGACCUGAAAGCACUGGUCCGACUAUAUGUAGAAACUCAGCGUUGGGAAGAGGCCUUUGCCCUGGUAGAGAAGAACCCGGAGUAUAAAGAUGAGGUGUAUAUUCCUUAUGCGCAGUGGCUGGCAGAGCAUGACAGAUUUGAAGAGGCACAGAAGGCAUUUCACAAAGCUGGCCGGCAGGACGAGGCGGUGAGGGUGCUGGAGCAGCUUACCCACAAUGCAGUGGUGGAGAGCAGGUUUAAUGAUGCUGCCUAUUAUUACUGGAUGUUGUCCAUGCAGUGCCUGGAAAUUUCAAAAGACAAGGAGGAGAAGCAGGAUGCAAUGCUACAGAAGUUCUAUCAUUUUCAACAUCUGGCAGAGCUUUACCACGUCUACCACUCCAUUCACAGAUAUACAGAUGAACCUUUCAGCUCCCACCUGCCCGAGACGCUCUUCAACAUUUCCAGAUUCCUGUUACACAGUCUGACCAAGGAAAGUCCUCUGGGGAUCUCCAAAGUCAACACACUGUUCACUCUGGCGAAACAGAGCAAAGCCCUGGGAGCGUACAAACUGGCCAGACAGGUGUAUGAAAGGCUGCAAGGUCUGCGGAUUCCCAGCAGGUUUCUGGAGUCCAUUGAGCUGGGAAGCAUCACGAUCCGAUCUAAACCAUUCCAUGACAGUGAGGAGCUGAUUCCCAUGUGCUACAGAUGUUCAACUAACAAUCCCUUCCUCAACAACCUGGGCAAUGUGUGCAUCAACUGCAGGCAGCGCUUUGUGUUCUCCGCAUCCUCCUACGAAGUGCUCCCACUAGUGGAAUUUUACCUUGAGGAUGGGAUUUCUGACGAAGAAGCUGUCUCACUUGUUGACCUUGAAGCUCCGAGAAGUUCCUCAAAAGCCGACAGUUGGCGGGAAAUGUCCUCUGGUGAUACCCAGACGCUAAGGUUGGAUGAUGGAGAUGACAUGAUGACUUAUGAUCCCUUCACAGCCAAGUUAAGCUUUGAGCAAGGAGGCUCUGAGUUUGUCCCUGUAGUUGUGAAUCGUGCAGUCCUAAGAACCAUGAGCAGGAGGGAUGUCCUGAUCAAGCGCUGGCCGCUCCCUCUCAAGUGGCAGUAUUUCCGCUCCUUGCUCCCUGAUGUCUCCAUCACCAUGUGUCCGUCCUGUUUCCAGAUGUUCCACACCGAAGAUUAUGAACUUCUCGUCCUGCAGCACAACUGCUGCCCCUACUGUCGAAGACCCAUAGAAGAGUCCAGCCAAUGAUGUAAAGGCAAAGGAUGCAAGUUUAAGUUGGCUUAAUACAGAUAGAGAGAGAGAGACUGCAUUGUUUACUAUCUGUAUAAUGGUUUAAUAUCUGUAAAUGGUAUAUUUUCCUUUUUAAUCGUAUAAAUUAUCACUAAAUUAUAAUGGAAACCAAAGAUGGAACAAAGAAAAGUCUGGCUUUUACUGCCCCUGUCGGAAAUCUCGAAGGGAAGAAGUGGCUGCACCCUGUCAUUCCUACACCUUGUGCACUUUAAAUAAUUCAGAAGGUGAAUGAAACGUAUCAGUCAUUCAGUCCAAUAGUAAUGUCAUUUUUCCUAUACCCUAAGGCAGGGAUCCCCAACCUUUUAAACCCGCAAGCCACAUUUAAAUGGAAAAAGUUUUGGAGAGCAACACAAGCAUGAAAAUGGUUCAUAGGUGUGCCAAUAAGAGCUAUAAUUGGCUAUUUGGUAGCUCCUAUGUGGACUGGCAGUCUACAGAAGGCUCUGGUGUAAUAAUUGGUUUGUAUGCAGCCAAAACUUGCCUCCCUACCAGAAAUUCAAAAAUAAGCACCUACUAUUAGGCCACUGGGAGCAACAUCCAAGGGGUUGGUAAGUAACAUGUUGCUCCUGAGCCACUGGUUGGGGAUCACUGCUCUAGGGACACCACUCAUCAGUUUGCUCUUCUAGGAACCAGUAGGUGCACACUUGUCUGUCCUAAAACCUGCUUUACAAACUAACCCAGGGUAUUAUAUGUAUGGCAAUAACACCUCCCCCUAUUGCAACAUGUAAGGAUAGUCACAGAGAAGUUCCAAGAACCUGUAUCAGCAAAAGGCAAAGUGCUUUUAUACAGGACAUGGAACUCUGGGGUGACUUAGACUUCUGCAAGUGCUUAUUCAAUGAGUGCAUCUGGAGGCAAUAUCUUUAUAUUUAGCAACAGGGGGUACAUUAUUUGUGUACAAUACACAGUUAUUAAAGAUCCAACUGUGAAUCAAGAAGCAUUCCCAGCAGUUCCUUUGUUCUUCCCAAUUCAUAGACACUUUCUCUGACAGAUAGGAAGGUGUUAAUGAAUUGACACAGAGUGGCAGUUCAUUAUUGAGUGAAUUGAGUGUGUUUCAUUGCUUUGAGCAGUCAUUUAUUUUCAGUGGAAUGUUAGUAUUCAGCACAGUUCCGAGUUCACUAUUCAACCUUAGGUUAAUUAACAUCAAGUAAAAGACAUUGCCUUAUUAUAGAGGAGCAAAAAGGAAGCUGAAAUGUAAGAAAUGUUUAUUUAAAGAAUAUAUUGUGUGGAAAAGCAUCGACAGUUUUCAGAUCUUUCUGGACAACAGGUUUCCUUGCAAUAUUUAUAACCAUGUAGUUGCAAAUGAAAAGCCACUGUAUUAAUAGCUCAAUAUUUUUAUAUAUAAAUUAAUAUCUAUAAUAAAAUGAUCCGUAUGUUUGUGUUUUAUACUGUGUAAAUGCUCUGUACCCUCUUCAUGCAAUUUAGGGAAGACAGUGUCUAAUUUAUACAUUUCAAUAAAUGUCCUAUUUUUAAAAA